ACUCCAAGAAUGGAUUUUCUCUCUCAUAGACUAAGGUAGAGCAGAAACAGAAACUCCUUCAGCUACCAUAUUGAGAGAUUUGGCCAUUAUCAUAGUACUACACAAGCCCUCAGAAAGUAAAUAUGAUUCAUUCCCAUAUUGUUCCAAAAGUACUUACUCGUCCGUUUAUGGCAUUUCUGCUUUAUGUUUUCCUCCCCCUCCUCUGCAAUCUGGCCUAUGCCGACCCUCCGUAUGAAAUUUGUUCAAACACUAGUAACUAUGCAGGUAAUAUGACAUUAUUUGAGGACAAUCUCCAAGAUGUCCUCUCUUCUUUAUCCUCGAAUGCUUCUGUUUCCAAAUUCUAUAAUACCUCCAAAGGAAAUUACCCAGAUGAAGUUUAUAGUCUUUACAUGUGCCUCGACUAUGUUACAAGUGAAACCUGCCUGAAAUGCAUAACAACCGCUACACAAGACAUUUUGAGACUCUGUCCAAACACAACAGAAGCAGUUGUCUGGGAGGAGGUAUGCCAGUUGCGCUUCUCCAACAAAAAUUUCUUUGGCCAAUUGAAUGUCACAGGAAACGUUCUUAACCUGGAUAACAAGCAGAACAUUUCGGAACCAGAACAGUUCAAAUCUGCUGUGAAGGAGACGUUGACUAAUCUUACUAAGAGGGCAGCUUUCAAUCUUUCAGCUCACAUGUAUGCUACUGGGGAAGCACCCUUCCAAGAUAAGACAAUAUAUGCUCUAGUACAGUGCACCAGAGACUUAUCCGCUGAUGGGUGUGAUUCAUGCCUUCAGAGCGCCAUAACAGAUGUUUUAACUUGCUGCUAUUUCUCUGUUGGUGCAAGACUUCCUAGUCGUAGUUGCUACUUGAGGUAUGAGCUAUAUAACUUUUAUAACGCAUCUGAAGCUCCCAGUUCAACUAAUGGGCAAGAAAGAAGCAGUGGAGGGAAAACAUGGAUGAUGGUAAUUCUUGCAGUUGUAUCGAUCAGCAUGCCUGGCCAUGGUACUUUUGAGUUCCUGUAUCUUUUGCCUUGAGGAAUGAAGGGAAGGCGUUGGAGUUGAUGGAUCCUUUAUUGAUUGACUCAUGCUGUCAAGAUGAAUUUUUAAGAUACAUUCAUAUUGGAUUGUUGUGUGUUCAAGAAGAUGCAAAUGAUAAACCAACCAUGUCAUAUGUGGUAGUGAUGUUGAAAAAUGAAACGGUAACUCUAUGCCAACAGGGCCUGCCUCGGUGACGGAACGUACCCAUAAGCGGAUUCGAAACUUCAUUGGUGGCUUAUUUUGUUUUGUGUGUAGUAUAACAAUAGAUUAUUGAAGUUUGUAUUUGGUUGUAUUUGAACUCUAAUAUAUGUGAUUUGCACAUAUAUGUAAUAUUUAAUUUGGUCAAAGAAAGUGAUUUCAAAGUUUGUGCUCA